GUCGACAACGACACCUGGCCUUUGCAUACCUCGACAAAUAAAGGGCGUGAGGCGAACGUGUAUCUCACCUAUCUCGUGGAGAACUACCAAAAGCUCCCCAUGAUCAUUGCAUUUGUACAUCCCCACAAGUGCACUUACCCACAAGCAUGGCAUACAGAUGCAGAAUCCCAUUCCAAUGUUGAGAGCUUGACGUCUCUCAAUACCAGUUUUUUCCUAAGCAACGGCUAUGCCAAUCUCCGAUGCAUCGCCAUCCCUGGAUAUCCAGACGAGAAUCAACCGUUCCGCGAGGAACAUAGAGAGGGUAGGAGCGCAGAACACGCAUUCGGGGAUGCAUGGAAUCAGAUAUUCGAAAACAAUGGCGUACCAAAGGUGGUAGGCACUCCAUGCUGUGCUCAUUUCGCGGUGUCGCGAGACCAGGUGCACAAGCGGCCUUUGGAGUUCUACGUCGGUGCCUUGAGGUGGUUGCACGACACACCUCUCGACGAUGCCACAAGUGGACGCGUUUUUGACUAUCUGUGGCAUGUUAUCUUUGGGCAGGACUCAGUAUAUUGCCCUGACUAUGAACAAUGCUAUCACGAUGUUUAUGGAAAGGCCUUACAAACAUGA